AUGAGCGCAUCCAUCCCAAACCUCGACGACACUCCCACCAGGUUCGUCAGGAAUUGGCUCACCUCCCUCCCCUACAACAUCGGCGAGCCUUCCACAACCGACUUCGAAGCCGGUGCGCCGGUCGUGCAAAAUAGGACGAAGAAACGUCACCGAAUUCUUACGCCGCCCGACUCCGUAGACAUGGCACCAUCAUCCCCACUCAAACGGGCGCAACUGGGUGACGAAUCCGAUAGCAUCUCAACCUCGUCAGAUGGCCACGCUUCUGCCACCAGCCUGGAAGCAACACCAAGGGCGAGUCUCCCACAGAGAAUGCCGGUGCUUAGCGAUGCAAGUAGCCAGCUGUCGGGUAGCUCCACGGGGUCUAGAUCGCCGACGAAGAGACGCAGGAGGACAGAUCGAAACCCGCAUAGGGAGAAUAUCGACGAGGCGAAAAGAAUUUGUCCCGAUAUGGAAGAGAUCAGAUAUCCGCUCUACUUCGACGACGCCUCCGUCAGCACAACCGAUGGCUUGUCCCGACGCGUUCUGGGACCGACUCCCACGACACAGCAGGUGACGGAGAUGGUGUCCAGAGCCAAGAUGUGUCGCGACUAUGAGUUCGACGAGGCGGGCUGGAACACCAGUCUUCAUCACCACGUCAUCAAUCUAGCGGUACCGGAGUUUUACCAAGCGACGGGCAAACUUGUCUACAUGAUUCCGUGCACGAGUGCAAACACCCUCCCGGACCUUGUUCAGACGAGCGCAUUUCGGAAAGUCGACUUCUGCCUCUGCAUCGAACCCACUGGUGCCGCCGCCCAAGCCAUCAAUAGAUUGGUGCUGACCGAGACGCCGUCUAUUAACCACACAGAGUACGGCGCCCUGAAAACACGUCCGAUUGGCCUUAGUAUCGAGACGAAGCUCCAGGGUGAAGGCCUAUCGGUCGCUGAGGCCCAGCUCCUGACCUGGCAUGCGAGCCAAUGGCGCAUGCUAGAUCGUCUCAUGGCCGGCACCGUUCCGCGGAUGCCCCUGAUCGAUUUUCUUCCUGGCAUCAUUGUCCAAGGAAACGACUGGUUAUUCGUAGCGAGUACGAGAGAUGGAGAUGAAGUGACGUUGUGGUCGAGUCAGAUGAUUGGCUCGACAAGUGAACCGCUGGGGGUGUAUCAAAUUGUCUGUGUGCUCCAGUUCCUGAUAUCCUGGAUCGAGGACGUUUACUGGCCUUGGUUUCAGCAGGCCGUACUAUGCCUUCCAUCGGAGCCUGUAUAG